AUGCUAGUAAUACUGUUCUUUUGUGCCACAAUUAGCCUGGCGUUGGCCAACGAGUUUAGGCUGGUUAACAAUUGCCCCUUUACCGUAUGGCCCGGUAUAUUGGGUAACCCGGGUAAGGGCAACCCCGAGGGCGGUGGGUUCCAACUGAACAGCCAUCAGACACACUCGUAUCAAGUGGGCAAUGGAUGGGCCGGUAGAGUGUGGCCCCGAACCAACUGCAACGGCGCCGGCCAUUGCGAGACUGGCGAUUGUGGCAACAAGAUCCAAUGCAACGGCGCCGGUGGGGUACCCCCCGUCUCACUGGCCGAGUUCACGCUAAACGGCGCGGGUGGCCAAGACUUUUACGACGUGAGCUUGGUCGACGGGUACAAUCUACCAAUCAGGAUACGACCCAUAGCGGGCACAUACCGUAAGUCGGGUGGCGGACACUACGACUGCGGCGACGCCGGUUGUACGUCAGACCUGAACGCCCGGUGCCCGGCAGAGUUGGCCGUACGCAACGGUGCCGGCGCUACCAUCGCCUGUAUGAGCGCCUGCAUGAAGUUCAACACCGACGAGUACUGUUGCAGAGUACUGACCACGGUAGCUUUAGCCGCCGAGUUUCAGUUUAAAAACAACUGCCCCUACACCGUAUGGGCCAAAACGUUGGGCAAUCCGGGCAAGGGCAAUCCGGAAAACGGCGGUUUCACCAUGGCGGGCAACAGCCAGCACACAUUCAACACCAACCCGGGGUGGGCCGGGCGGAUGUGGGGCAACACCGGGUGUCAACCAGACGGGCACCAUUGCAAAUCGGGUGACGGGGCGACGCCCACCACACUCGGCGAAUGGACCAUGUCGGACAAGGACGGGGGCAUGGACUUUUACGACGUAAGCCUGGUCGACGGCUACAACGUGGGCAUGCGCGUCGAGCCACUAGCAGGUACAUUUACCAAACAGGGCCCCGGGCAUUACGAUUGCGGCACAGCCGGGUGCGUACAGGAUAUGCUGGACCACUGUCCGGCCGAGUUGGCCGUUAAGGAUGGCGUAAAUACAGUGGCCUGUCUCAGCGCGUGCGCCAAGUUUAAGACAGAUGAGUACUGUUGCGGUGGCGCCCACUCCACCCCCGAGACGUGUAAGUCCAAGGACUGGCCCGUCAACUAUCCGGCCAUUUUCAAAAAGUACUGCCCCGAAGCGUAUAGCUAUGCCUACGAUGAUGCGGCUAGCACGUUUACCUGCCAUGGUAAACCGUAUGCCGGCUACGUGGUCACUUUCUGCCCGCAGUACUCGUUGCUAUACUUAAUAAUGGCGCUAUACCAAAACAUAAUUACCCUGUUGAUAAUAGCUGUCACAUGCAAUCGUGCACAGGAAAGUACGGUGGAUACAACUGAAACCACAUUAUUACACGAAAAUCGUUCCCAUUGGCAACGACUAAAGGGUCCGGGUCCUGUGCCCGGACGUCACGGGCCCACUCAAUUAACCACAAAUAGGCACAAUGUGAACGCCGAUCUGGUAGACGACAUGGUAAACGUGACAUUCCGGUGGGCGGAGACCGAGUUCCCGGUCACUGUCCGUAUACUGAAAGCGGCCCAAAACAUGACGGUCACAGAUAUAGAGGCCAUACCGGGCGCAGGGCCAUUUUUGAAAAUAUUGGUCGAGGUGUUUCGGAUACAUCAGGCCCGUCAGGCCUAUCGCCGGGCCCACAACGGCUCGGACUGGAUCACAACCAACCAAUCGGUGUUCGUCACAGUGAACAAGCUCAAUUUCACGGGAGCUGAAAUACCCGUAUACUAUUUUAACAUUACCGAUGUGUUUGGCAACAAUUCGACCGGGGUCAAAACGAUUGCCGAAAUGGCCAAGAUCUGUCACGAACGGGAAGUGCCCUUUGUCGAGGCGGUGGCCGUAUUUACCCGCGACGUGUCCGAUGAUUUAUUUACCAGCAUGCUGGAAGUGUCGAGCAAUAUAAAAAUGUCUGACCUGGUUGAAAAGGGGGCACUUAAAAUGGUGGAACAUGUGGGUAAAAAUUUUACCGGGGCUCUAUUGCCCCGGCUGGUGCACUCAAUGAAUGUCACCGGGAUAAAAUUCAUAAAUACUACGUUUAACAAGAUCAACACGGUCACUCGGCUGGAGCUAGAGUUGGCCAAUAAUAUGACCCACAAUAUUACACAUUUGGUUUUGAACGGCAUCGAAGCGCUGACUAAUGAAUCUAGACGCUUUGCCCGGAACAGUAUCACCAGGGUGGCCAAUAUCAGUAAUCGCACCUAUCAUAUGUUUAAUAAUCAGGUGCGCGACCUGAGCGAUAAUCUUCAGGCCAUGUCAGCCAAUCUGUCACAAUCGCCCGGCAAAUUGGUCUCGAUCAUUUCGGACCGGGCUACCACGUUGACCAACUCGGCCUGGUAUAGGGUGGCCAACUGGACCGAGAUUGUUACCAAUCUGACGUGGAACUACUGGAAUGAUUUUAAGAAUACGGCUGAGUUUACUACAAAUGUGACGGUAGAUACUCUACGGGGCAUAAAGGAUGUAGGUGUACAGGGUGUGCGAAAUAUGACCGAGGUGGCACUCAAUGACCUAGCGCCGUUUAGGUUUAAAAAGUUUGAAAAUUUGCUGACAAAUACGAGCCAAACGUGGUUGAAUACGUUAACACUGGAUAUACCAUUUUAUCCCGGUACCAAAAAUUUAACCGAGUGGAAAAUGCCUAGCGCGGCACUUUCUAGGAAGGCACUGUGCCGCGAUCAGAUUACCCAGGGUACCACGUUUUGCCAACAUUUCUUUCAGCACCGGUACCUUAACAGACAGUGCCAUAGCAAUCUCGUUCAAUUUUACCGCAUCAAGCACGUUUACGUUAAGCGUACUGCACAUCACAUCCUGGAGGUAGUGGACACCAGUGAUGGCCCCUUUACUGGGGCCACAUAUCCGCCAUUAUUUGGCGCUGACUCAAUACCGGUCGGUUCGGCUGGUGGUGGUGCCCUGUUCCUUAUAACACAUCGUUAUGUGCACAACAAUAUGGGUAUUAAUUAUUGCACACUACUAUUCGUAUGCUGUUUAUCAUCGAUCUUGAUCGGUAUUGAUGGGGGCAAACAAAAUGCCACCACCACCGCCAAAAUCACCACAACCCGUGCCAAUACAGUUAGCGCAAAGCUCACCACUAAGACGAGUAGAGUUGCCAGCAGUACAGAGGCCGCCACUGAGAACACAGGAAGCACCGCAAGUGCCGCCGCAGCCACUGGCAAUCCUACCGCCACUACCAGUGUUAUCGCAACUACUCUUGAUAUUGAGGCCAUUAUUGCUGAUAUGAGGCCCAAGAAAAAGAAACGUCGAGGAGACCUAAUUGGCAGCGCAUCUGGCCACACUACUAUCACGGCCGCGGCCACUGCCUAUCCUACCACCACUACCAGCGCGUCUGUUAUCGUAACUACUCUUGAUAUCGAGGCCAUUAUCGCUGACAUGAGACCUAAGAAAAAGAAACGCCGAGGAGACCUGAUUGGCAGCACAUCUGGCCACACUACUACUACCGCCGCCGUCGCUGGCAAUCCUACCACCACUGCGUCUAUCAUCGCAACUACUCUUGAUAUUGAGGCCAUCAUCGCUGACAUGAGGCCUAAGAAAAAGAAACGCCGGAAAGACUUGUUUGGCGGCGCAUCUGGUCACACUACUACUACUACCACCGCUGGCGUUACCGAUGAUAAAAUACUUAAAGCAGCUGUUGAUAAUAGUGGCGGCGCUACCACAACAGCGCCCACAACCGGGGGUGGCAGCACAGAGAGUAGCCCCACGUCAACCACCACUGACGCGCCCCCGGAGUACAAUAGGGUGACCAGAAGGACUAAGAAUACGCUGGCGCAGGACAAGAAUGACAUGUUUGGACCGCCCAAACUGUUUGGCCCGAGGCCUGGGGCGUGGAAACGCAAAAAGUCGUCCACCACUACCACACCGGGGGCGACACCGGUGGGCACCAGUGCUGGCGAUAGCGGCCUAACCACUACUACUACUGCUGACACUAAUGCCGAGACUACCGGCGCAGACAACGGUAGCGUUAGUGUCAGUACGCCAGCGACGCCCGAUGUGCCUGAUGUGCCCAAUGGGCCCAAUUACGGCACCAGUACUGCGGCACCGGGCGGUACAACCACUGAAAACCCCGGCAAACAGCCCACAGAUGAGACAACGACUACUAGUGCCGGUGCCGAUGAUGGCCAGACUGAUGGUACCGGUGCUACGGCAGCGCCAGCCGAUAUGCUCAACACGAUCGGCGAGAAUGUGGUCGGCGCUGAUGAUUACGCCACCAGUACUCCGACACCGGGCGGCACAACCACUAAUAAACUGCGAAAAGCUAGUAAACCAACCGAUGGGACACAGACUACCGGCGCUGAUGAUGGCCAGACUGGCGGUACCGGUGUUACGGCAGCGCCAGCGGAUGUGCUCAACACUAUCGGCGAGAAUGUGGUCGGUGCCGAUGAUUACGCCACCAGUACUCCGGCACCGGGUGGUGGUACCACGGAAGUAGACCCGGCCGAACAGCCAGUUGAGUUGGACACCACCGGUGCUACAGUGGCGCCGCCGGAUGUACUCAAUACGAUUGGCGAGAAUGUUGUCGGCGCUGACGAUUACGCUACGAGUACACCGACUCCGGGCGGUGGCGGAGCAAAAGCCACUACGAGUGCCGGUGUCGGUGAUGAUGGUUACUCUACCAGUAAGGCGGCACCGGGCGGUUCCAUCCGGACUAAAAAACCAAAACAUGGUGGUAGACAAACUACAGAAGCACCUGUAGAUGAGGCUCAAACCGCCGGUGCCGGUAGUGAUGGAAACACAGCGACUACAACUGCGGGCGCAGAUGAUGGUCAAACUAGCAGUACUGCGGCACCGGGCGGUGGCGCACCUGAAGCUACUACAAGUGCCAGUGUCGAAGAUAAU